AUGGCAGCCCCGUUCCCAUCCCCGACCACAAAAUGGCACUCGGAAGCCUACCCGUCUAUAUCCCCCAGCCGACCGGAGCUUUCUGCCAAAGGCAGAACACUGGUAGUGACCGGAGGAGGUACGGGCAUCGGUUCCGAGACUGCUCGCCACUUUGCCGAGGCAGGCGUAUCUCGGAUCGCCCUCCUUGGCCGCAGAGAACAACCGCUUCUCGAGACCAAAGCCUCCAUUGAAAAGACGUUUCCCGGCGUCAAGGUAUUCGUGGCCCCGACCGAUGUUACGAACAAAUCCCAAGUGGACGCGGCUUUUGCUGAAUUCGCCGGUGACGGAUCAAUCGAUAUUCUGGUUAGCGGUGCAGCUGUCAUUGGACCGCAGGAGGCUGUGGAAAGAGUCGACAGCGACAAGUUCCUUGAAGCUAUUCAGGAUAACCUCAAAGGUUCACUGGCGGUUGCCCAGGCGUUCCUUCGACAUGCAUCGCCUGAUGCCGUUGCUAUCGACAUCAACUCAUCUGCUGCGCAUGUGAAUUUCGGUCCUGGGUUUGCUUCUUACAGUGUCGCCAAAUUUGCUGUAUUCCGACUUUGGGAUUCUCUGGCCUUUGCGAAUCCAGGUAUCAGCGUGUUCCAUAUCCAGCCUGGUAUUGUGGAUACCGCAAUGAACAGAGAGGCUGGAGGUGUUAAAGCCACUGGAAUUGAGGAUCACGUGUCUCUGCCGGCGAGCUUCAGUGUUUGGCUUGCAAGUCCCGAGGCUCGCUUCUUGAAGGGCAAGUUUUUGUGGACAAACUGGGAUGUUGAUGAGCUCAAGGCUAAGGCCAAGGAGAUUGAAGAGAGCAAUCAGCUUAGUAUUGGGCUUGGCGGGUGGCCUUUCGAGGAUGCCAGCUGGAAGUCAACGUGGAAGGCUUAG